AGUUGUUCAGAUUUCCACAGUUACCUUCAUCGGCCGCAACAGUAGUCUUUCCACCUUAUAAACAAGGUAACAGUUAACGCAGUAAGCUGUCCCUCCAAGUCAAACUAAUAUAGUAGCGGGCCUCUGAAUUUGAAUUUGUAACGGCUAAACACUCGCUUCUCCUCCUCGAUUUCUCUACUCUUCCGCAUCUCAAAAUACAACAAAACACUACUCUCUCUCUCUCUCUCUCUCUCUCUCUCUCUCUCUCUCUCGAUGGCUUCUCUCAUUCCAGGAAUCCUCCUCAAGCUUCUUCAGUCCAUGAACUCCACUGCCCGUGUCACCGGAGAACACCGCUUUGCUCUCCUCCAAGUCAUUGGCAUAGUCCCUGCACUCGCUGGAUCCGAUCUGUGGCCUAACCAUGGCUUCUUCGUACACCUCUCUGAUUCUCUCAACUCCACCUACGUUUCCCUCUCCGAACGCGACACUGACCUCAUUCUUUCUAAUCGCCUCCAGCUUGGCCAAUUUGUUUACGUUGAACGCUUUGAAUUCGAUUCUCCUGUCCCUAGGGUUUGUGGCAUCCGUCCGAUCGCUGGCCGCCACCCCUUUGUGGGGACCCCAGAACCGCUCAUUGCUAGUAUUUCGGCUUCAAAGAAAGAGUUUGUGAUUCAACCUGUAGCCGAUUCAGAGUACUCCGUGGAUCCAAUUGCGGUGUAUUUGGCGAACAAGAAAUGCGAGGACGUGCCACUAAAUGAAAAUAAGGGAGUGAAGAGUGAUAAUAAAAUUGAAAAGAGCAGUAAAACAACAAGGCAACCUCUUGCAGGUCGAGAUAACAUGAUGGUUGGACACCUCGCCAAUUCUGAGGAAAAUAAAGGAUCAGAUAAGGUGCCUCUGAGAUUUUGUUCACCAGCCGGAGCAAAGAGAUCGGUGUCUGCAGGGAAGAAAAAUGUGGCUGCUUCGGAAAGGGAUCCCUCCCCUGCAGGAAAAACGAAGAGAUCAGCUUCUCCAGCGCCCUCGAAAUGUGUGGUUCCGAGCAUGGUAGCAGCCCGGGAGGAAAAUAGGAAGGUGGCAAGGGAGCCAGCUAUUAUAGUUCCAUCAAGGUAUAAGCAACCAUCCCCAAGUAGGAGGCAGGCCUCUCCUAAUGCUCGAAGAGCUUCGCUCUCUCCUGGAAGGAGGUUGUCAGGAGGAUUCAAGGUGUCGCCUGCUGUGGCAGAUUCUGCUGGCAAGAAAAAAAUUCCAACAAUUGUAGCUGGUAUUUCAAAAGUUCCAGAGGCACUUGUUGGGUCUGCAAAGAGUAGUAGGAAGAGCUGGGAUGAGACACCAGGGGAGCAGAAAGAGAAGGGUGAUUUGAAGAAGAAACCAGAUCUGCGAGCAAUUUUGCGGACUCAGGCUGCCCUUUCUAGGCGUCUAAGUGAUGCAAAUGGUCGACAGCCUAAUCAGGAUGAUGAUUCCUCAAGCAAUGAGACAGUGAAGGAAGCUCUGGGAUUCACUGUACAUGAGAAGAAAUGGACUGAUGGUAGUGUUCCAUUGGAUACAGUCUCUGCAGACCUUGUAAGACUUGGAAAGGAGGCAAUGCAAAGGAGGGCUCUUGCUUCUACAGCUGCAGCUGAAGCAUUGGAGGAGGCCAUAGCUACUGAGUCUAUUAUAAGGAGUUUAAGCGUUUUUUCAGAACUGUCUUCUGUAUCGCAGGCUGGGAAUCCUUUACCAAGCAUAGGUAAAUUUUUCUCAGUUUAUGAUGAUGUUGUGAAAUACACAGCAAUUGCUGAAUCAGUUGCUGCUAGCCACUCUUCUCAUCAUGCUGCCAUUCCAACCGAACAAUCAAAAUCUGCUUCUCUAUGGGUUGAAGCUGCUUUAGCUACUGAUCUUGAGAUUGUUUCCCUGCUGAACAACAAGAAUAAUGAUCCUCCAACCACUCUGCUAAAGAGUUUGUCCAAAAGACAAUCUCUAAAAGCUAGUUCAUCAGCAGCAUUUGAUCUUACUGUCGGAGUUUGGACAAGGAACCAUGGAAUGAAGGAAACAGUAGAACUUGCGAUGAAGUUGCAGUCUGAGAUGCAAAUGUGGUUUGUAAAUUUUGUUGAGGACUCUCUGAAUGCAGGUUUUCGGGCAUUGGGGGGGUGUACAAUUGAUGGAAGUAAACCACUGCCCCUCAACUUCAGCUCCAUUGCAGGUAUAUUAUCGCAGUUGAAGAGAGUAAAUGAUUGGUUGGACCGUGUGGUGUCAAAGAGGAAUGAAUUUCUCGACGAAAAGAUUGAGAAACUCAAGAGCAAGAUCUAUGGAUUUGUCAUUCAGCAUGUUGGAACAACUUUUGACAACUACUCGCAAGUUGCUUCAUCUUGAUAUUUAUUUUAUAUAUAUAUUUUUUAUACAACUUAUGAGAAAUUCUCCUUGUUUAAGUAUACUUAAACAAAAAUAUGCUUCUCAAAACAAAUUGUUUUGCAUAAUUUCGGUGGAUUCACUUAUUGUGUUGUCAUGAAAUCAUAUGUAGAUUCUUUGUGAAAAAUUCAUGUUCUCUCAAAAUGGAAUGUCGCACCUUCAAGUUUCCUUUGUA